CCUCCUCCCCCGCAGGUCUCGGUAAUCAACACCGUGGACACCUCCCAUGAGGACAUGAUACACGAUGCUCAGAUGGACUACUAUGGCACUCGGCUAGCGACCUGUUCUUCGGACAGAUCCGUGAAAAUCUUUGAUGUUCGGAACGGAGGGCAAAUCCUCAUUGCGGACCUGAGAGGGCACGAAGGUCCCGUGUGGCAGGUCGCCUGGGCUCACCCUAUGUACGGAAACAUCUUGGCUUCCUGUUCCUACGACAGGAAGGUUAUCAUCUGGAAGGAAGAAAACGGCACUUGGGAGAAGACGUAUGAGUACACAGGGCACGAUUCCUCAGUGAAUUCCGUCUGCUGGGCACCCCAUGACUAUGGAUUGAUCCUGGCCUGCGGGAGCUCCGACGGGGCCAUUUCGUUAUUGAGCUACACGGGGGACGGGCAGUGGGAAGUCAAAAAGAUCAGCAACGCACACACGAUUGGAUGUAAUGCAGUUAGCUGGGCUCCUGCUGUUGUACCAGGAAGCCUUAUAGAACAACCAUCUGGUCAGAAACCAAACUACAUCAAAAGAUUUGCAUCUGGUGGCUGUGACAACCUUGUCAAGAUCUGGAAGGAAGAAGAUGGUCAGUGGAAAGAAGAGCAGAAGCUGGAAGCUCAUAGCGACUGGGUUCGAGAUGUAGCCUGGGCUCCCUCCAUAGGAUUGCCAACAAGUACCAUUGCUAGCUGCUCACAGGAUGGCAGGGUGUUUAUCUGGACAUGCGAUGAUGCCUCUGGAAAUUCCUGGUCACCAAAGCUGCUGCACAAGUUCAAUGAUGUUGUCUGGCAUGUGAGUUGGUCCAUUACUGCAAAUAUUCUUGCAGUGUCCGGAGGAGACAAUAAAGUCACGCUAUGGAAGGAAUCAGUAGACGGCCUGUGGGCCUGUAUCAGCGAUGUCAACAAGGGCCAAGGAGGGGUGUCUGCCGUCACAGAGGGGCAGCAGAACGAGCAGUGAUGCACGAGCCAAGGUUCCAGCUGCAACAAGUGAUCGCUGUACCUGAUUUGCAAGGUUUCUUGAACAGGACGAGAACUGAUUUUAUCUGAACUGGACAUGAACAUGGGAAACAAUUAUCCAAUUUUAUGAGCACUCUAUAGCUAUUGCUGAGAGGCUACAACACGUUGAUAAUCAGCCUUAAUUGACAUUCCCUUAAAUUUACAGUAAAGAGCAUAGCAAAGUACUGUGCCUUAUACUGCUCCUUGAUGCUGUAGAAAUUGCACCCUGCUUCCCUGGUUCAGGGGUCAAAUUUACUUGGA